ACUUGUCUCAAACAGAAAGCCUCACUCGAGGCAGCUGACCAAAGUUGGCAACCCUGCAUUUUAUUUGAAAUGAGCUCGUAAAAUGCAAUUUUUGACUGAAGCGGCUUAUCAUUCCUUUGCCUUGUUGCUCUGACAAACACAAAACGAAUGAGAAAACAUUAUAUGCGUCACUUUUUAAUGUCUUUUAUAAAUAAUAAGACCGUGCCCAUACCCAACUGUAAUAGCGAUUAAAGCGAUCUGUUCUUUUAGUAUUUAUGUUAAAAGGAGGUUUUAUUUUACUACUGUUGUGGGAUUAAGAUCAAUUUCACAAGAUUAAUCUAUGGAAAUCAAUACUUAAAUCAAUGAGCACAAAAACAUAUGACAUAAACACGACUGGAUUAUGGGUUCUUUUCUGGGGGUCACAGGAUUCCUGACUGUCUCCUUGUUUUUUUGAUGGGUCAUGCUAAUACGAUUUCCCAUUAACAAAAACAAAGGUGUGAUAUGCUGAAGUAUGUUGCUGCUGGUGGUUAAAAGGAGGUUGGCGGUUUUAUUCAUGACAGGACCUUUCUGAAUCAAUCUCGUACCAUGAAAUAGGAAGGCAAUUCACUUACAGCUCAGUAGUGGAAUCAGUAUUUUUUCUGCACUGCAAAUGCAACAUUUUCUUCGGGUUUCACGUGUUUGCUAUUUGUGGGCGUAUACUCCGUCGGCUCGGGCCACUUCUGAUUGGUAAGAAAAAAAGACACAGGCUCUUUACAGGGACACCAAGCAUGGCUCACACCAUAAUAGCGGCUCUGUUGCUUUGCCUUCUUCCCUUCUUCGGAUAUGGUGUGGAAGGGCAGCUGAGGCAGCAGACAGCAUCAAAGCUGGAUACAGGCUUUUGCAAGGCCACCUGUCCACCUGGAUGGAUCAAUUUCAAAAACCGCUGUUUCAAGUACAUUGCUGUCGGGAAGACUUGGAUUGACUCUGAGUUAAACUGCCUGUCCAGCGGGGGAAACCUGGCCUCUAUUCACAGCGAAGAGGAAUUCCAGUUUAUCAAGGCCCUGAUCAAAAGCAGAGAUUCUGCAGAAAAUCCCACCUGGAUCGGCCUGACGGACUCUAGCAAGGAAGGUACCUGGUUGUGGACAGAUGGUUCCAAAGUUGAUUUCACCAAGUGGAACAGCGGUGAACCAAAUAAUGUAAAUGGAGGAGAAAACUGUGUUCACACAAACUGGAGCGGUAAAGGGGAAAAAGGAUGGAACGACAUAGCCUGUAACUCCUUCUAUGCCUUUGUAUGCGCUCGGCACUCUGGCAUGUGACACGUGGAAUGAAGCCGUGGUCUAAAUCAGCAGCAUUUCAAUGUGACUCCCUUUCCUCUUCUGCGUUCAAGGCACUUUGGGACCCUUUCAGCUUAUAUCAACUUGUAAUGCAUUAAAAA